AUGGGAAACCAAAUAGCAAUUGACUUGGGGCCAGUCUAUUUAGAAGCAAGUAUUUUUAUAGCGGCAGAGCCUGUUCCUGACUAUACGACCUACUAUAUCUACUCUGCCAAGCACAACGGAACUUUUUAUUUUGUUCGCCUUUUAAAAGCUGAAGUCGAAAGCUUCAAGUCUCACAUUCUUUAUUCAAAACUUACAAGAGAUGAUGUCCCAGUCCAAGUCACUGGGGUCAAAUUUGACGAUUUUCAUCUCAGACUUGAGACGCUGUUUGAUAUCCAGGUCAUUACUUCAGAAAAAACAAAAUUCGCAGUAAAGGCAUUGGAUUUCUUUUGAAACAACAACAAAGAGUCACUUUAUCAAUACAAAAACACGCAGCUGCCACAAUCUGACGGGAGCAUUUGUACGUCUGGAGACUUUGUAAAAGAGGCUAUUUGUGAAGAAGCUCUGUUCCCAUGUUUGCUGGUUAAUGUUAGGUCAGGGAUCAGUAUUUAUAGAGUCAACUCUUUAGAAGAUUUUCAUAAAGUGGGUGGGUCGAGCUUUGGAGGAUCCACAUUUUGGGCUUUGUCGAAGCUGCUUUGUAACUAUGAAACUCCAACAGAUGCAUUAGAGUCAUCUAGAGAUGGAAACAAUGUAUUAGUUGAUAUGACUGUAGGCGAUAUUUAUGGAAGAGGCUAUGACCAGAUGGGUCUUCCUCACAACUUGAUUGCCAGUUCUUGUGCAAAGUUACGAGAAAAACGAACAGACGAGACAGACCCAGCCAGCAUUGCUAAGUCCUUGCUUAUAUUGUUUUGUUUCAAUAUGACACAGAUCUCGUAUAUGCAGGCAGUUGUAGAAGGUAUAGACAGAAUUGCAGUCGUUGGAGACGCAAUGCAUACGACUUAUGCCAAUGAGCUGGCUCAGUAUUGUAUUGAUUUUUGGAGUGCUAAUAAGAUAAAACUGAUCCAAUCUGAUUAUGGGGCUUAUUUUGGGAGUUUUGGAGCUCUCCUGAGGCAAUUAGACAGAGUUUAG